GUUGCAUCAACUAUCAGGCGACAAAGCUAGUAGGAUGCAUCACUAGUAAGCUACAUAGCUAGUAGGAUACAUCGCUGUCAGAUUAGCACGUCGGAUUACAUCGUCGUCAAGUUACCUCACCACCAGGUCACCUCGUCACAAGGUCACCAGGUCACCUCGUCACCAGGUCACCAAGUCACCUCGUCACCUCAUCACCAGGUCACCUCGUCACCAGGUCACCAGGUCACCUCGUCACCAGGUCACCAGGUCACCUCGUCACCAGGUCACCAGUACGCCUCGUCACCAGGUCACCUCGUCACCAGGUCACCAGGUCACCUCGUCACCAGGUCACCUCGUCACCAGGUCACCUCGUCACCUCAUCACCAGGUCACCUCGUCACCAGGUCACCUCGUCACCAGGUCACCUCGUCACCAGGUUACCUCGUCACCAGGUCACCUUGUCACCAGGUCACCAGGUCACCAGGUCACCUCGUCACCAUGGUGACCGCGGUGCCGCUCUGCCUCGCGCUGCUCGCGGCGUGUGCACUGAUCGCGGUUGACGCGGCGACCGUCUCCCCGGGAGACGUCUCCAAGGGCAUGGACUGGCUGAUGCGCUUCGGGUACCUGCAGACCCCGGACCCCGUGUCGUCGAAGCUGAUGACUCAGCAGUCCAUCACCGAGGCCGUGAAGGACAUGCAGCGCUUCGCCGGCAUCACCGUGACGGGGAACGUGGACGCGGCGACGGUGCGCAUGAUGAACACCCCGCGGUGCUCGCUGCCGGACAGGGUGGGCACCUCCGAGAUCAUGAAGAGGAGGAGGAAGAGGUACGCGCUGGCGGGGAGCGUCUGGAGGAAGCACGACCUUACGUACAGGAUCAACAGCUGGCCGUCGCGCGUGAACGACCAAGCGGCCAUCAGGUGGAUCAUCUCGCAGGCGUUCCGCGUGUGGAGCGACGCGGUGCCGCUGACGUUCCGCGAGGAGCGAGGCGGGGUCCCCGUGGACAUCGUGAUCGAGUUCUCGAGGGGCUACCACACGGACGCGUACCCCUUCGACGGGCCCGGUGGCACCCUGGCGCACGCGUUUUUCCCCGGGCAGUACGAGCUCGCGGGGGACACACACUUCGACGACGACGAGAAGUGGUCCCUCUCUCCAGACGACCACCAGGGCACGGACCUGUUCACUGUGGCCGUGCACGAGCUGGGCCAUGCGCUGGGCCUGGGCCACUCGUCGGCGGACUCCAUCAUGAGGCCCUACUACCAGGGCUCCGUGGGGGACCCGCAUAAAUACUCCCUCAUGGACGACGACAAGAGAGGGAUCCGUCAUCUCUACGGCAGCAAGCGCCCGACCAUCAGACCCCCGCGUCCCAAUCCCCCCGGGCCGCACCCCUCAGCAAAACCGCCCAACAAGAACCCCGCGAAAGGAGUCCCUGACCGCUGCAACACGAACUUCGAUGCCAUCACGCAGCUCAGAGGGGACAUCUUCUUCUUCAAAGGGCGACACUUCUGGCGGCUGCUGCGAGGCCUCAAGCUGGAGGCCCCCGAGGGGAUGCCCAUCCAGGACUUCUGGUCGGGCCUUCCCGAUGACCUGCAGAAGGUGGACGCCGUCUAUGAGCGCAGCCAAGACUCCAAGAUCAUCUUCCUGACAGGUGGCGAUUUCUGGGUGUUUGAGAACACCAAAGCGGACAAGGGGAACCCCCACCCGGUGACAGAAAUGGGGCUGCCCCCCUCGGGGGUGCACGCCGCCUUCGAGUGGUACCACAACGGCAAGACGUACUUCUUCCGCGAGGACGACUUCUGGCGCUACGAUGAGAGACUGCGCCGCGUCGAGUCCGGCUACCCCAAGAAGCUGACUCUGUGGAAGGGCCUGCCCGACGGAAUCACCGACGUCUUCAGCUGGACCAACGGAUCAACCUUCUUCUUCAAGGACACCAGCUACUGGCAGCUGUCAGACAAGAAGCUGAGUGUCGAGCCGGGGUACCCACGCCCCAUCGCAGACUGGCUCGUGUGCGGAGACAACGCAGGCGGCCUCGGCAAAGGCGGCGCCGCGGCCUCCACCCUCGCCUCGUGGGGGGCCGUCACGCUCGCCGUCACGCUCGCCCUCACGCUCGCCCUCCUGCUAUAGCGGUUGUGAGUGUGUGGCUGAGGGCGGCACCGGGGAAAGGACUGGUCAAAAUUCCACGGUGGUUUUUUUUCCUGUUGUGUUCCCAAUUACUUUCUAAUUGUGCCAUCAGCGUCACAGGGCUAGCGGUGCACCACGCUGGGGUAGAGAAUGAAGUUGUUCUGCUGUGCGGAAGAAAAUGAAGUCGGCUUCACUCGGCUCUUCCGUUAUCCACAGUGGGGUCAUAGCUUUUAUUAGACUGGUCAACAAAUAAAAAAAAAUUCUGGCCUGGACUUUUGCAGCUGUUUUAGACUAAUUUCAGGGUGCUCAUUCCAAAUCUGAUCUCAGAACAGUGACUGCUUUAGUGUUAAAAUAUGGUGCUGUAUUUUAGGAUAGUGUGUUUAUAAUAUCAUUGUAUGUAGAUAUCCACAUUUAUUUAAUAUUUUUCUUCUGCAGUUUUUAUUGAAAAUGCAAUGUUUGAUAUCUCAAAAACCUGAUGCGAUAGACAAAACUGCUGCCAGAUUUGGAAUCAGCACCCCAAAAUUACCUUAAAACCGUUGGAAUACCUUAUGCCAGAAAAAGUGUGUUGACCCGUGUUAUUGAGUGUUUGUUGCAUGUCAAUGAAACCAAAGUGUUUUAGGUUUCAGAGCGGGAAUUCAUCUAAAUUAUGUGAAUUUUGUACGAUUUUGUGUUGACAGCAGCUUCGCCAGAGAAGUGUGUCGAGCCAUCUGCAUAUGCUCAGACCCAGGACAUCGGUGCUUUUACAAAACCACCAUGUUUUACCCGUCUCCUUGUGACAGUGCUAAAGCUAUAAUGACUAAAUAUUUAAAGUUAUUUUUUUUACGGUUUAUUAAAAUCUUUACAACACUGCGCUUCAGUCGUGGCUUGGACGAGCACAAGCCAUGUGCACACCGCUGACGUAAACUGCGGUCACCCUCAGAUGUGCCAACGCCGAUCUACCGCCGCCGAUAGCUUGCCUUGCGCCAGCGUCCACAAGACUGACACUUGGCGCAACAGGACGUCAUGUCCAGCUUUGCAGUGAGAUCACCGAACAUUGAGGAACUCCCCCACCCCCCCGUCCCUUCAACCUCAGGCAAUCGAUAAUGGGAAGCUGUUGCCACCAAAGCACACUCCUUAACUCCAAGCACACAUGCAGCAACACCGCCUGAGGCUGCGGGAACGAGAUUCUCAUCGGAGAGCCAAAGCAAGAGUCACUGGCGCGUCGUCAGAAGCUUGGGACACGAGACGAACACAUUUUUUGGCUUUCCGGUGGCGGAGAGUCUUUACGACAAAAAUUUG